CUUCUGGCUGCACGGUGUCCAGCGAUUAUUUUUCAUAUUCCCAUAGCCGAUAGCUAACGGAGAACGGCGAACGCGGCUAUAAUUGCGAGUGCAGCGGAAAAACCGAUAGUCAUCGUCGUCGUAUGUCGCGUUUGCGUAGCGAUCGCUGGAUCGAAUGUACGCGGAAAACCUGGUAGCGAAGAAUUUUCGAAAUCAAGCGCAGAGGGAAAGUGAAAAGAGCCCGAGAGAGGCCGAUGUUCGAACAUCGCUUGAACAUCGUUUGUCUCAACUUCGACGCACGUCUGCGGUGCAGCGGUGAAGGAGGUCUGCUCGCAUCGAUCUCCACCCCCCCCCCACGAAUCGGGGGCUCUGAGAACGAAGGCUAAUUUUUAAAGAAGAGGUUGUGCUUUGAGCUUGUGAAUGGCUUGUGCAGUUGCCGGCUAAGACGCCGUUGGCAGAUCUGUUAUUGCCGCAGGGAGGACUAAAAAACAGCCCGUACCCGAUGUGUAUUAGAUCGACAGGUGGUCACAUGGUGAAGCAGAGGAGGUUCAUAGGGAAUACCAACAACAAAAUGAUUAAUAUACGGGAACAUUUAUAGACGAGUCGAGCCGUAUACAAGGGAUCUUGAAUACUGGAAAUAUUCUUGGUGUGCGCGCACCCGAAAGAAAGUUGUGAUUAUAAUCCUUCGGAUCGCACACCGCGCGAUACCUUCGCAAACACUGUGAGUGAGUGACAAAUUUCUCGCUUCACCCCGCAACGUCGGGUGAUCUUCGGUGAACAGAGACGAUCGAUUUGGAUCAACGGUAAACUCCGGAACUUGAAAAUCGAAGAAUACCGGCGCCCAACGGUCUGACCGAAGCGAAACGAUACUUUUCGAGUGUCCGCAGUGGCAGGAGAUCGUCGUUAUCGCCACGAUGAUACCUGCGAUUUGAUUUUAAUGGGGAAAUUGUUUCACGUUUUAUUCAAAUAAGUUUUAGGUACCCGAAUACCGAUUCCAAAAGUUCGUGGGACCGUUGAAGGUUCAUUACAGCGAGGAAAAUAAUCCAAAGGAAGACACGGUGAUAUUUUAACUAUUUUUUUAAUCAGUGAAAGAGGAAUAAGGAGUAGAGUUCCUCCCCACCUUAUAACGCGUACGGUGAUUGCCCGGCAAAAAAGUGGAUGGUAGUUUUUCUACCUUGGGAACUAUUUUGCAACAAUUUUUCAAACUUCUGCGUGCCGUCUUGGCAGUGUUUCUCCACUAUGCGUUGUUAAUUGAGAAUGCGCAAUGACACAGAGAAUUUUCCAAUGGUCUUCGAACCCUCGCGAGGGACAGCAGCAGGCCUUACAAAUGGAACCCCCCAAAUCAAACUUACGCCGCCAAGAAAAAACCCCCUCGAGGUACACGCAGAUCGACAAGGAAAAGGAUAGUCAGGAGACUGAGUACAUGCUGCAAGAAAAUGGCGAACCAAUUGAAUUUGUCCCUCCGCAAAAGAAGGAGGAGGAGAAACCAGUUCCUCAGCCGAGUUUACCGCCAGUGCCUUACUAUAGACUAUUCAGGUUCGCAACAUUCGGCGAGCUGAUGUUGGUACUUGGCGGAUUGUUCAUGGGUACACUUACGGGACUCUGUAUUCCCAUUUCCACCAUACAGUAUGGGGAAUUCACAACCCUGCUUGUGGAUCGUAACAUGCAAAAUCAAACCAGCACGCCCACUUACAUUUUGGAGUGGUUCGGCGGUGGUCUUGUCUUAGGUGCAAACGCCACCUACGAAGAACGAAUGGACGCCUUGUACGACGAUUCAAAGGCUUUCGGCGUAUCAUGCGCGGCGCUUUCAACCCUACAAUUUUUCUUUGCCAUAUUUACGGUAGAUCUUCUGAACAUUGCGGCAUUCAGGCAGAUUGCCAGGGUACGCAGAAUGUUCCUGCAGGCGGUACUCAGGCAGGACAUGACGUGGUACGACACCAACACUUCGACUAACUUUGCCAGCAGAAUUACAGAAGAUCUCGACAAGAUGAAAGACGGCAUCGGUGAGAAGCUCGGAAUCUUCACGUACCUCAUGGUCUCCUUUAUAUCCUCGAUCAUCAUAUCUUUCAUUUACGGUUGGAAGUUGACUCUGGUUGUUCUGAGUUGCGCCCCAAUAAUCGUGAUAGCAACCGCCGUGGUAGCCAAAGUCCAGAGUUCCCUGACCGCCCAAGAACUAGCGGCUUACGGUCAAGCUGGUAACGUAGCCGAGGAAGUUCUCGGCGCCAUAAGAACGGUCGUUGCUUUCGGCGGUGAAAAAAAGGAGGUCAAACGAUACGCCGAAAAGUUAGUGCCGGCUGACCGGACGGGUACGCGACGCGGGAUGUGGUCGGGAGUCGGUGGAGGCGUCAUGUGGUUCAUCAUCUACCUGAGCUACGCUCUCGCUUUUUGGUACGGUGUUCAAUUGAUCCUCGAAGACCGUCCCAAGGAAAUCAAAGAGUACACUCCGGCGGUACUGGUCAUAGUAUUCUUCGGCGUUUUGGCCGGCGCCCAGAACAUGGGUCUCACUUCGCCUCAUCUCGAAGCUUUCGCUGUGGCUCGAGGAUCGGCAGCUGCGAUUUUCCAAGUCCUCGAUCGAGUACCGAUCAUCGACAGCUUGAGCCCUGACGGACAGAAGUUGAAGGGCGUCAAUGGGGAUAUUGAAUUUAAAGACGUCCACUUCAAGUACCCGGCGAGAAAAGAUGUCAAGGUACUCCAGGGUCUGAACUUGAAAAUAAAUCACGGCGAGACGGUCGCUCUGGUGGGAGGUUCCGGAUGCGGGAAAUCGACUUGUCUACAACUAAUUCAAAGACUCUAUGACCCUCUUCAGGGCGAGGUGCUCCUAGACGGCGUUGACAUUUCCAAGCUUAACGUGCAAUGGCUCCGUUCUCAUAUCGGUGUCGUGGGACAGGAGCCGGUACUCUUCGAUACAACUAUCAGAGAAAACAUCCGAUACGGAAACCAGAACGUAUCGGAAGAGGAGAUGAUCAAAGCGGCGAAGGAGGCCAACGCCCACGACUUUAUCAGCAAACUUCCAGAGGGCUACGACAGUCCUGUGGGUGAGAGAGGAUCGCAGCUUUCCGGUGGUCAGAAACAGAGAAUCGCCAUCGCUCGCGCGUUGGUUCGACGUCCGGCGAUUUUGCUUCUCGACGAGGCGACUUCCGCUCUGGAUUUGCACAGCGAGGCGACCGUCCAGCGAGCUCUGGACGCCGCCUCCAAGGGUAGAACAACGGUGAUAGUGACCCACAGGCUUUCGACGAUAACUAACGCGGACAGGAUAGUUUUCAUCAAGGAUGGAAAGGUCGUUGAAAUGGGGACGCACGAAGAGCUGAUAAAACUUGGUAAUCAUUACCACGCCCUGGUUUCCGCUGACUCCAACGCUGCCGCCAAGGCCAAGGCAACCGCCGCCGCGGCGAAAACCGUCGCCGCUAGUAAACCGAAGCCGAAACCACCGCUGAAGAAACAAUUUUCCACACUGUCGAUGCAUUCGCAUCGGCUUUCCUUAGCUGCCGGUUCCGAAAAUUCGGAAGACGAACUCGAGGAGCACGAAAAGCCGUACGAAGCUCCGAUGAUGAGGAUCUUCGGUCUGAACAAGCCCGAGUGGCCGUUCAACAUCGUCGGUUGCCUAGCUGCCGCUACCGUAGGUGCAUCUUUUCCGGCAUUCGCGGUGCUUUUCGGUGACGUCUACUACGUACUCGGUUUAGAAAAUCCCGACGAAGUCCGUAACGAGACGAUCAAUUUUUCGAUACUGUUCAUCAUCGUCGGGGUGGUUACGGGUAUCGGUACCUUCCUCCAAAUGUACAUGUUCGGUUUAGCCGGUGUCCGGAUGACGACGAGACUCAGAAAGGUGACCUUCGAGGCGAUGUUGAAGCAAGAGAUGGGCUGGUUCGACGAAGACACCAACAGCGUGGGGGCACUUUGCGCUAGACUGUCGUCGGACGCGGGGGCGGUACAGGGUGCGACGGGGACGAGAAUCGGGGCGAUUCUUCAGGCUCUUUCAACCCUCGUACUCGGUAUAGGUGUGUCCAUGUUUUACACGUGGAAAAUGACGCUUGUCUCGGUUGUUUCGAUCCCGUGUGUACUGGGCGCCGUUUUCUUCGAGGCGAGGAUUAUGAGCGGCCAGGGAUUACAGGAGAAAAAGAAGAUGGAAGGAGCUACGAGAAUCGCGAUUGAGGCAAUCGGGAAUAUCAGAACCGUAGCCAGUCUCGGUAAGGAGAAAGCUUUUCUGGAUCGUUACUGCGUCGAAUUGGCGCACGUAGCGAAGGCGACGAGAAUUCGCAACAGGUUGAGAGGUCUCGUAUUUUCCUGCGGUCAAACCACGCCCUAUUUCGGGUACGCUCUCAGCCUCUAUUACGGGGGUUACCUCGUCGCCAAGGAGGGACUCAAUUAUCAGGACGUAAUCAAGGUAUCGGAGGCGCUGAUCUUCGGUUCGUGGAUGCUGGGUCAAGCUCUUGCCUUCGCUCCCAACUUCAAUACCGCGAAAAUUUCUGCCGGCCGAAUAUUCCGGCUUCUCGAUCGCGUUCCGGAGAUCACGACACCCCCCGAACUCGAGGGGAAGGACGCCGAUUGGAAAGCAGACGGUCUGAUUCAAUUUUCGAAGGUUGAAUUCCACUAUCCAACGCGUACGGAAUCGCAGAUUCUUCGCGGUUUGAAUCUGAUUGUAAAACCGGGUCAGAUGGUGGCGCUUGUCGGUCAAAGUGGUUGCGGAAAAUCUACCUGCAUUCAACUUCUGCAACGUCUGUACGAUCCUCUGUCAGGGACCGUUACAAUGGACCGUCGCGACAUAUCGUCGGUGUCUCUGUCAGCGCUUAGAUCUCAACUUGGAGUUGUUGGACAGGAACCGGUCCUCUUCGAUAGAACUAUUGCCGAGAACAUCGCGUACGGUGACAACAGCCGCAGCCCGACAAUGGACGAAAUAAUCGACGCUGCUAAAAAGGCGAAUAUUCACAGUUUCGUCAGUUCUCUACCACUGGGAUACGAGACCAGAUUGGGAACCAAGGGUACGCAACUUUCUGGGGGGCAAAAACAGAGGAUAGCUAUCGCUCGCGCCCUGGUCCGAAAUCCCAGGAUUUUACUGUUGGACGAGGCGACGUCCGCGCUCGACACUCACAGCGAAAAGAUAGUUCAGGCGGCGCUGGACAAGGCCAUGGAGGGGCGGACGUGCAUAACGAUCGCACAUCGUCUAGCGACCAUUCAAAAUGCGGACGUAAUAUGCGUACUGGAAAAAGGCACGGUGGCUGAGAUGGGAACCCACGAUGACCUCAUCGCAGCUGACGGUCUCUACGCUCACUUACACGCUCUUCAAGCUGCCGCCUUAGAGUAGAUCUCAUCUGACCUUUAGCCCCGAAACCCCUUAUCCUUUCGACCUUCGAAUCUAAGCCUGAAACCCUUAAUUGAAAAGUUUGAAAAAUCGAUAUGAGGCCCAUCGUACGAUCGUUAGAAAAAAAAACUCAUUUCUCCAAAAACCGAAUCGAGCAGAAUGGCAGCCUUACUUGUCAUUUAUAUCUACAGAAAGGAAGUGGAUCCCACGGAUACCUCGUAUCAAUUUGGAUUAUGGUCGAAUGAGAUGAGGCAAGUAUUAUUGAUGCGAGUGCACAAUUACAUACAAAUACAUUCAUAGCAGAAUAUAGACGUGUGCGCAUGUGCUAGAUAAAUAGAAAACAUACGUUAUCGCGCUAAUUAUUAGCAUUAUUAAUUAUAUCAUCAUUAUCAUUAUAUUACGCGUAGAGCGUUAAUUCAAUUCACGAUGACUCAGCGAUUAAAUUUUCAUUGAUGUUUGUCUUUUCUUUGUCAUAGUUUUGUCCGAUCGUUUUUUUUUUUCUAAGUUUAGAUUAAAAAUGUCAUUCUUAUCGUUAUUAUUACGGAAAAAGAAGAAUUAUAUUUAUAUAAAAAUAGAUUACAGUGAUGAUAGGUUCGUGUACGCAUAUAUGAUGUUUAUAAUAAUACCGUGAAAAAUAAUUUUCUCAAGUCGGGCAAAAAUUUUUUUAUCGAUAAACUUUUAUCGUUAUUUCGGUAUACGCGACUAUACCAUAUGAAAUAUCAUCUAUAAUCUGUAUUCGAAAAGUUUGUGCACCCGGAUAUGUCUACUUAUAUUCUAAUAUACCCCCACUAUUAUCAUAGUAUUUUACCUUAUACGUACAUACAUACGCACUAUACUACAUGGAUGUAAUACGCAGAUGUUCGACCUCUCGAAUACCAUUAUUAUAGCACUCGCCAUACUUAAGCUACUCGCUAUUUAUGUCGUUCGAACGUGAAUACUUUCGAAUUUUUAACGUUCCUCGCAGCAUCGAACGGACGGGGAUAGUGCCUCCGCGAAACAAAAUUUUAUUUCGAACACUCGGUUUUCCAUAAACUACCAGGGAAGCGCGGAGUACGCACUUUAAGCGGGCCGGGGUUGGCAACCUCCGGAGCUUAAAGCGGCACUUUUAUCUUCAAAAUGAAUAUCCCAUUCUGUUUUUCCCUAUCUCCUAUCGCGUUUGAUCAUUUCACGUGCUAUUUCCCUUUAAUUUAAUUUUACUCACUGUUCGAUUUAUAUAUAAUCUUUUGUUCCUUCCUUAUUCGUUCGUUCGAAUCCGAUAUACAUAGAUAAUAUUUAUAACUCACGUACAUUAAUUCGUCCAUGGCUUUGCUGAACGAUAGGUGCUAAAAGUAAGAUUGAUAAAUAUAUAAAUGUAUAUCAUACCAAAGUCGUGAGUGGUGAUACGUGUAUGUGUUGCGGAUAAUCAUAGCGUCGAAGAUAUCGUCAAUUAUUCGCAUACAGCAUAAACGCGGACGCCAUAAAAACUAGUUUUCAAUGGCGAAUACUUACGUACGAGAGAACAUCUCCGCUUGUAGCUUCGCCGAACAAUCGAUAUACGUACGGAUAAAUAGUUGAUGGUAAAUGUUAUUUCGUUCGUUCCAAAAAUCGCGACGAAAUUAUGUUUCACUGCCCGCAUAAUUAAGUAGUAAUUUUUAGACUGCCGCUUGUACGUAUUACACACAUAGGUAAUACCCCUGGCUACAGAGCCAACAAGAAUUUUUAAUUUAAUUUCAGUUUCAAAAUUUACUCCAGAACGGAACUGGCGUAGGGGUGGUUUUGACCGGGAGCGACAGCAGCCGUCAGGGGGCGCGUAAUAAGACUGCAUGAAAUAUGUAUAACCCCCACAUUAUCCAAGGCUUGACUUUCUUACUUUCUGGAAGGGGGGGUGGGGGUCUUGCACCGACGGCUCCUUCGAAUUUCUUUCACUUUUUUUUUACUCACCGUACUUUUCUCAGCCAAUAGCAACAGCGGGGAGAUCCGAAUGCCCCGUUGAACCGCCGAUUCUCCAAAUCCUUGAUAAACUUCUCCCCGUCUCGAACGUGAUGAAUUUUCGCGAAUACCUCACCGCGUCCCCGUCACCGAGACGAACUUCGGCAUCUCUUGAUGUGUUUCUACUCGACUACUCCAUACGAUUAGGUACACCGCCUUAUCCUCGCGACGAAUGUCUUCAAGAGCUCUUCCGGCUCCCUCGUACUUUACAACGAGAUGAAUACUCGGAAUUACUGCGAAACACGAAAAGCGAUUAUAAUCCGCCCCCUCGGAAUUCGUCUUAUUUCAUCCCAUGGCUUACCUUUUUUCUCUUUGUUUUGUUUACCUCAUCACUCCGCGAUAUCAAAGUCAGCUACGUUGUGGGGUUUGUUGAUGUGCCUUUGUCUCGGCCUUGUUCGCCACACACUUGUGUACUAGUAUUCUAAACGUUUUCGGACAAAACCCGGAGAGCUUUAUAAAAAAAUCUUCGAAGACUCUCGAGGCUCGAUGAAAAUUCCCCAAAUACUUGGAGCCCUCGCAAGUUUGAAUUUAAAAUAUAUAAAUUAUGCACGCUAAGGUCUUGUAUAAUUUUUUAUCGCCCAAGCGGUGUGUGUAUAUACAUGGACCUUCACGUGCAACCCGCACAAAUAUAUCGGCCUCUAAAUUCUCGGUCGUCCUAUUUUGUAUAAUUUUAUGGGACGAACAUACACACCUGUCACAAACUGUGCUUUAUCAAAACGACAAUACGUAUUAUCUAGACGAAAUUUUUUGAUCAGACGUGACUAAUGACCAUCAGGGUUGAACAACUACAUCCGUAGUAAUUAAGCCUCAGGGUCGGUCAUAGAAGUUUCGACAAAACUAUAAGGUCGCAAUUAAUUUCCUUGUUUCAAAAACGAUAUAUCCUAAAAUCAUUUCUGAACGCCGGUUAAAUUCUUCCAGAAAUUUGACGACCCAUACCUUUGGUAAAUCCGACGCCCAAUUUAGCGUACCGUAUACUCAUUGUACUUACAUAAUUAGAGUUAAACGAGAACGAUUACACGAUACCCAACCACCAUUAUCUACGCACGUACAGUGAUACUAGCAGUAUAACGACAUAAGAUUACAUAGUAUUACUUUUUUUGCUAUGAGAAAUCAUAUCUUAUAUUUAUGUAAAAAAUAAUUAAAUGAUAAAGUAAAGUAAUUGUACGAGUAUGUAAUAUUCUGCACUUGACAUACGAUUGAUAGAAGAUUGAAUAAAGGAAUUGAAAAAAAAAAAAA